AUGCCACUAAAGUAUAGUUCUGAUCAAUUAAUUCAAAUAAAAUGUUCCUAUAUAAUAGAUAAAUAUAAAAAAAAACUAAAAAAGUUGAAAGAUUUUAAAAAUGAAUUGAAGUUGUCUUUUGAAAAAAAAAGCAAAGCAUAUUAUGUUGAUAAAUAUUUACUUAAUAAAGAAAAAGAAGAACUAUACAAAGAGUUCAAUAAAAAAAAAGAACUAGAAUUGAAAUCAUUAGAGAGAAAGAAGGAACUUUAUAAUAGCUAUUUUACAGAUAUAUUUUUAUAUGAACAAGAAUAUUAUCAAUGUAUAUAUAAAGUAUUCAAAAAUUUGUUAUUAAAAAAAGAAGAAAUUGAUGAAAAAGAAAAGCACGUGAUUAAAUUACAUGAGCAUGCAUAUAUGAUGUUUUCUGAUCAAAAUAUUAAUAAGCCAUUAGAAAAAUAUAAUAAAAAAAAAAGAGUCAAUAAUACAGAAAAAUAUAAUAAUAAAAAAAAUAUAGAUAUAGAUAAUUUAUGUAAUAUAAAUAUAAAUGAGAUUUAUGAAAGUAUUAUACAUGAUGAUCUUGAUACAGACAUGUAUACAUAUAGUAAUAGUAAUAAUUAUUUGUGUAAAUCAAAAAAGGAAAAUUAUCCAAAUGAGAAAUUUUCAAAGAUAAAUAAUGUCGUUCCGUACUUCAAUGAAUAUGUUGAUUCUCUUAAUGAAACUUGUGAUGGUUCAGCUAAGAAUUAUGAAAAAAAUAUUGAUAAAAAAGAAAAUACAAAUGUGGGAAGUGAUUAUCCAGAAAAUUACUAUGAAUACAGAGAACAAGAAAAGGAAAAAGAAAAAGAGGAGAAGAUAGAACCAGAAAUAGAAGUAUAUAUAGAGAAAAAUAAAAAAGAGUUUGAUUUUAAAAGAAAAAAUUCUUAUGAAAAGGAACAAGUGAAAGCCGAAGAAAAAGAACAAAAUGAAAAAAAAGAAGAAAACGGGGAAGAAAUAAAAGAUACAUUUUUUGAAUAUAAGGAAGAAAAUAAUGAUGAUUCUAAAAAGUGGAAAGAAAAUUAUAUGAAGAAAAAUGAAAGAAAAAAAAAAGAAAUUAAUUAUAGUAAAACAGAAGAUAUAAAAAAAUAUAUAAAUGUAUACGAUGACAAUAAAAAUGAAGAUGAGAACAUUAAUGAAGAAAUAAAUGAAAACAAGAAAAAAGAAUAUAUAAUUCAUAAACAAAAAGAAAAAGAAAAUGAUAUUUUAAAUUGUUUUAUUUCAAGCAAUAAUUAUGAAUACAUAAAAAAUGAAAAUGGAGAUAAAGAAAUCUUAUAUAAUGAUGAAAGUAUAGAAAAUUAUACAACUACAUUUGAUUCAAAUAUCUUAAAUGAUCAAAUAAAUAAAGAUAUAGAGGAAAGCAAUAUAUAUACAAAAAAAAAAGAUAAUGAAGAAAAUGAAAGAAAUGAAAAUGAAGAAUUAGAUGAAGUAAUAGAAAAUAAUAUAAUUUUUAAUAUAUCUAGUUAUUUCAGUGGAAAUUAUGAGACAAAUGAUAAUGAAAAGGAAGAUAUAAUUCUUGAAGAAGAUAACAUAUUAAAUAAUGCUAAUUUUGAUGAAAGCAAAAUUAAAAUUGAAUACGAUAUAUUAAAAGAAGAUACCUUAUAUAAAAAUGAUAUUAUAAGAAAUAACAGUAUGCCUGAAAAUAUUGAAUUAAAUAUUUCACAUGAAGAAGAAACAAAUAAUUUUUUGAAAGAAUACAGCAAAGAUUGUGAUGAAUAUAAAUAUAUAAACAAUCUGAAUGAAAGCAAAGGAAGUGAAUCAAAAGAAUUUCAAAAUUUUAAUAAUUAUAAAAAUGAAAAUAGCGUACAAAUUGAAAAAAUGAAUACACUUGAAGAUUAUGCAGAAGAACAAGUGAAUAUAAUAAAUAUGGAAAACAGUAAUAAUUUCAUGUGCAUUGAAAAUAACAUAGAAAAAAAAGAUUCAUUUAAAACUAAUGAUAGAAAAAAAUCUGAACUAAAAAAUAUUCAAGAAUUAAUUAAUUACAUGAGUCAUCAUAUAAAAAAAAGUAAUAACACUUAA